GUUACAAACAUAAAAUUAGACUUUCAAUAUUUCAUAAAUUAUAUCGGUUUUGAAAAUGGCAGAGACACCACCAAAGCGUUAUAAACUUUACUUAGAACGUGAUUAUGAUCCUGCUAUGGUGAGCGAAAUUACAAAGAAACGAUGGAGUGAAAGGACUAUUUCAUUUUCAAGAGAAGUUGAUGAAUACAGACAAAAACAUAAAACUAGCGGUCCAUUGAAUAUUUUCGAUGUUACGAAUUCAAUGAAGUCUUCGAUUGUCGACGGAACACAUAUAAUCAGCAAUGUCGCUGGUGUAGAAAACCGCAGUGAGAUGGAACCCGAUAAUCGAAGUGAUUCGUCUACCAACUGCGAAGAAUCUAAUCUUCAUCUGCAAAAUGAAGAUAUGUCAAUUGACACUCAAACAAUGACUACGGAAAUUGAAAGCAAUGCGUUCCAACCAAAAGAAUAUACUGAAUCUCUGAAACGUUCUCUGGACGGUUACGAUCGGAUCAUGUUUAAAGAAUCUAAAACGAGUAUUAAUGAUGUUAUCAUAAUGAUAACUGGUUUUACUUUGAGAUUCGGCUUAUCUAAUAAAGGAAGAACGCAAUUAAUGGAAAUGUUCAAAUUAUGCGCGGGAUCUCAAUAUGAUCACGUCUCAAUAUCUGAUCAUCAAUAUAAUAAAAUGUUUGAAAUUCCUGAAGAUAAAAUAAUAGCUCAUUAUUUUUGCGCAAAAUGUACAAAGAUAAUUUAUAUAUCGCCAAAGAAAUCAAUCAAAGAUUCUGAAGUGGUUUGUGAUCAAUGUGAAGAAAAAAUUCGAUUAAACUCUCUCAAUGAAAAUUAUUUUUUAUCAAUUAAUGUUGAGUAUCAAUUGAAAGAACUUUUAAAACUAAAAAACAUUUAUUCUACAAUCGGUGAAAGUUUCAAUAAUAAAUACGGUGACAACUCUCAAAUUACAGACAUAACGGAUUCAGAAUUAUUUGUAAAGUUUGCAAAUAACAAUGAAAAAAUCAUUUAUUUAAAUGUCAGCACUGAUGGAGCACCAAUAUUUAGAAAAUCAAAAAGGAGCAUGUGGCCUUUACAAAUACUUGUCAACAAUCUGCCGCCUAGACUAAGAUUCAGCAAUGUCAUUAUUGCAGGGUUUAUGAUAGUUAAACAUGAACCUACUCCAGAAUUAAUGAAUUUGUACAUGGAAAGUUUUAUUAAACAAAUUGAAAACCUUAACAUUAAAGGAUUCAAUGUAGUUGACAAUAAUAUCGAAAGAAAUCAAGCGAAAAUCAAAGUUGCAGUUUCUAAUUUCUCUGCGGACUCAGUUGCUCGUGCAUUAUGUCAAAACAGAGUGAAGCAUAGUGGAUACUUUGCUUGCAGCUACUGUUAUAUAAUGGGAGAAACAUCUGAUGGAGCAAGACAUUUCCCAUUCAGUGCAUCAAUUGAAGAAUUAAAGAACGCAUGA